UCUGCCCAACAACUGAUGAAUCUUACAUGAGCAUGGAGGAGUUGAACCUGCCCACUGACCUCAAGGACCUUCCUUUCCGGAUGAACUGGAAUGCCGAGCUUCCCACAAACAUCAGUGUCCCCAGAGUGGAUCUCCACAGCCUGAUCCUGGACUUCUCUGCUUUGAAGGGACUCAAAAUGACACUCAAAGAGUUUGUCCAUGUUGAUGUGGAUGUUUACAUUGUGUCAUAUGAUGCCUACAUCCUGGAGAAACUACACAGCUGUAUGUUCUUCGAAAAUGAGAUUCUGACCUCAAUGUUCUUCCUGAGCCUUCAUGACGCCGUGUGCUUGAAAAACACAAGGGCGACAAAAGUAAAGGCCGUGUGCAAGGAAAAGCUACAGUACUCAUUAGCAGAUACCAAACUGUAG